AAUAUGUAGAAAUAAUUUAGAGAUAGAAAUUCAAUAAAAAAAGUAGCAGUAGGAAGCAGAGAGGAUAAGAAAACAAGAAGUAGACACUGAACUAAACUCAACUUCGCUUCCGCUGUGAAAAUGGCGGUUGCACUAUCAAGUUACUGUUCCAUGUUCUCUGUGCCAUCCUCAACAGUCAAAUUCCGUUACUCUCACAGACCCAUUAUUUCCAUCCGUUGCACCCGUACGCCUUCCAUUCCCGACCCCAAUAUCAAUCGACAAAAGAAGGAUGCAUGGCAGAAGAAGCAAUUGAAGUUAUCAUCAAAAGAUGAAAAGUCUAGCGGAGGGAAUGUGGUGCCAGCUUCUUACAAGUCUUCUGGUAUUUCUAGGAAAGACAGAGACUUUAUGGUAGACUCCAAGGAUCUGCAGGUUGAAUCAAAUAAUUUACAAGAUUCGGCUUUCCUCAAUGCUGUUGUGAAGGUUUACUGCACGCAUACUGCCCCAGAUUACUCACUUCCCUGGCAAAAGCAGAGACAAUUCACAAGCACGGGAAGUGCGUUUAUGAUUGGAGGCAGGAAACUAUUAACCAAUGCACAUUGUGUGGAGUACGAUACACAGGUUAAAGUCAAGAAAAGAGGCGAUGAUUCAAAAUAUGUGGCUAAGGUUUUAGCCAGAGCUGUUGGUUGUGAUUUAGCUUUGCUUUCAGUAGAAAGUGAGGAGUUUUGGAGAGAUGUGGAACCUCUUAGAUUUGGACAUUUGCCUCAUCUUCAGGAUUCUGUAACGGUUGUGGGAUACCCUCUUGGAGGAGACACAAUUUCUGUGACAAAAGGAGUUGUAUCUCGUGUUGAGGUUACAUCAUAUGCUCACGGUUUGUCUGAAUUGUUGGGCAUUCAAAUUGAUGCAGCAAUAAAUCCUGGUAAUAGCGGAGGCCCAGCGUUCAAUGGCCAAGGAGAGUGCAUCGGAGUGGCAUUUCAGGUUUACAGAUCUGAAGAGGCUGAGAAUAUUGGAUAUGUGAUUCCAACUACAGUUGUAUCUCAUUUUCUGACUGACUAUGAGAAGAAUGGAAAGUAUACUGGUUUCCCUUGCCUCGGUGUACUUAUACAAAAGUUGGAGAAUCCUGUGCUGCGUGCAUGUUUGAAAGUACAGUCUAAUGAGGGUGUAUUGGUACGUAGAGUUGAACCAACUUCUGAUGCAAAUAAUGUAUUAAAGGAGGGUGAUGUGAUUGUCAGUUUUGAUGGUGUACGUGUUGGAUGUGAAGGAACAGUUCCAUUCCGAUCAAAUGAGAGAAUUGCCUUCCACUUUCUCAUUAGUCAGAAAUUUGCAGGUGAUACUGCAGAACUUGGUAUCAUCAGAGCCGGGACAUUAAUGAAAGCUGAUGUUGUUUUGAAUCCCCGAGUUCAUUUGGUUCCCUAUCACAUUGAUGAAGGUCAGCCUUCCUAUUUAAUAAUUGCCGGUUUAGUGUUCACGCCCCUCUCAGAGCCGUUGAUUGAGGAGGAACAUGAAGACUCUAUAGGGCUUAAGUUAUUGACAAAGGCACGCUAUUCGUUUGCAAGGUUUAAAGGGGAACAGAUUGUAAUUCUUUCACAGGUCUUGGCAAAUGAACUCAACAUAGGUUAUGAAGAUAUGAGCAAUCAGCAGAUUAUAAAAUUCAACGGAACUCGAAUUAAAAACAUUCAUCAUCUUGCACAUCUCAUUGAUUCAUGCAAGGACAGGUAUCUGUGUUUUGAAUUUGAAGAUAGCUAUGUUGCUGUUUUGGAGAGAGAAGCUGUUGCUGCUGCUUCGUCCUCCUUGCUGAGAGACUAUGGUAUCCCAUCUGAAAGAUCUUCUGAUCUCUUGCAACCAUAUGUGGAUUCACUAGAAGGUGACCAACCUGCAGACCAGGAAUUUGGUGAUUGCCCGGUUUCAAAUUUUGAAGUUGGCCAUGAUGGAUUGCUCUUGGCAUAAUUAGUUUGCACCUGGAGAUGAUGGUGUGAAAUUUAUCACGGUGACCAAUUUUGAAGCACAUGGUCACAAUUUUGGCAUCAAAAAGUGCAGCAACAGUAUCAAGGGAAACCUUGAUGUGAACACAUGAAUGGUUUAGGCUACUCUUGGAAUGCUAGAGGCGAUAAUUCUUUCUCCCAUUAAAUUGUCUGUAGAGAACGGAUAAAACUAUAGGAAAUAGCUCAUGAUUGUUUCUUCCAUCUAGUUUUUAUUCUUUUCGUCUGACUCCUUGAUUUGAUAAACCUGUAUUUAUGGAGAAAUAAGAAUGCACUUACAAAUGACUCUUACAAGUUACAACUAUGCCUUUGAUGCAAAAUUUCACAAAACAAAA